AUGACAGCAAAUGCAAAGAGGAACCAUUGUGGUGGAAUGUUCUUUCAUAUUCUAGAGCUCUUCUCGUCGGACAGCAGCUCUGGAUCUUCGAGCUCGAGUAGCGGCAGCAGCUCCAGAUCUAGCUCCUCGUCGAGUAGCUCGUCUAGCAGUUCGGCCAGCUCUUCUGCCAGUUCCAGAGAUCGAGGAAGAAAAAGAAGUCGGAGCAAGAGCGCCGAUGCCUCGCGGAGACACGACAAUAAGGAGAAGGAGCGGGACAAGGAGAGAGAACGGGAAAGGGAUAGAGACAAGGACAGAGAGCGUGAGAAAGAGAGGAAGAAAGGGAACAAUGCCGUUCCCGAUAAAACUAAACAAAAAGGACGAUCCAGAUCUCCCUCCCCACGCAGGAAGCGUAGGGAGCGUUCGCCGAUUCCUAGACCAACAAAAAUACACAUUGGCCACUUAACGCGGAACGUCACCAAAGACCACGUCAUAGAGAUAUUUUCGGUGUAUGGCCAAAUAAAGAUGGUUGACUUCUCGUUGGAGAAGCUUCACCCCAAUCAGGGUAGGGGAUUUGCCUAUGUCGAAUUUGAAACUGCAGACGAAGCUGAGAAUGCAAUGAAACACAUGGACGGAGGGCAGAUAGAUGGGCAAGAAAUCACGGCCGCUCCAGUAUUGUUGCCGAAGCCCCGGCCGAUGCCGAUGCGGCGCAUGUCGCCGGGUAUGGGAAGACGCGCGCCCCCGCGAUGGGGAGGCGGUGGUAGAAACACACCGCCACGUUACCGCAGACGUUCGCCGCUCAUGAAUCGCCGUAGAAGCCCGCGACCGCCACGGCGCAGAAUAAGAACUCGAUCGCGGAGUCCACCGGGCAACCCUCGACAUCGACACCGUCGUUACACAAGAUCCAGCUCGAGUAGUUCUCGAUAAUGACUUUUCAUCGCAUUGUACAUACAAGAUAUCGAACUGGAUAUGACCAAUAUUGUCGAAUAAUUGUUAGUGCACUAAAAAAAAAUGUAAUGUGUAACGAUUGUCUUAAUAAUAAUGGUACGUUUGCCGAUGGCGAAUCAUAAACUCGUUUAUAAAUAUCACAAUAGUUUUACGUUUCGUCGAAACGCACUCUUGAAAUAUACUGAUUUUGCAACAUGUAUUGAUGGUCUUUCGUAGUUGACACCUCAAGUGUUUACAAACUAGUUGUGUAAUAUUUACAUCAUUCACAACACUAAGAUGAACGAAUGUAGAAAGAAUAGUGUAACAGUUUUUAUAAAAAAAACAUUGAUAUUAAUCUGUAUUUUUGUUAGUCUAUUCCUAAUUGUAUUUGGUGUACUAAAAAUGAAUCAUGGAAUUUAAUUAAAUAACUCGUUACAUACGACAAAGAGAAAUGAACGAAACGGACAAAAUUAUUUUCUUGACUGAUGCUAUGCAAGAGAUGUGACAGUGUGAGAGAAAAUGUGUAAUCCUCUAA